AUGUCCCUCGGCUUCAGAGGCAUCGUGCUGUGUCUCAUCAAGAACAACUCUAACUUCCACCUAGAUCCUCCAUGCCGUAACACCUGCCUUCGGUCGUUGGGAAAUUCGCUCACCCCACUGCAUAUUUUGUACACGCUGUCUGCAAAUUUUCCGCACUAUGCUGCUCCACUUGCACGCAAAGUUCAUAACUGGGGGAAAGCGAUGAUGGGCAUGAACAUGGUAUGGAUCAAUGGGAGGGUGCUAGAGGGUGAAGCUGGCAUAUUCGGUUCUGAUCCAAGUUCAGGCUUCUACGCAACUUUGCGCGCGAAUGUGCUGCUAUUCGCUCACUCAUCGAACUUGGCUCGUCUCACAGCUGUAGAAGUCCGUCUGGAAGGCGAUUAUAGAGCCAGUGUUGGACACGUCGGGAGGGAGAGUGAAGAAGUCGCCAUAUCCCAUUCUAUCCUUCGCAAAGAGAAUGAAGACGAUGAAGACGUGGAUGAGUAUCGCUCGUCCUUAGGUCCUCCCGGGAGUAGGAUGAGGGUGCCAAGUACUGUUAGGCCUAGUGGGAUUGGUGUUGCGCUGGAUCGCCAUUUUGCUUCAAGCAACCAAAUCUCCUUGGAGCCUACGAAUAUGCACGCAAAAGUUCAAGUUAGUUUGCAUGUUCGUCUGGCUGAGGGUGGUGUGACAGAAGUAUUAAUAGAGGUAACUGUUUCAAUAUUCAAGGUAAAAGAGGUAGAAAGGUUUCUGGACCAGGCUCAAGGCUCAGAGGAGAGGAAAUGUCAUGAAAAACUACUGCUGAAGACUCAGACUCAUACUGAUAACUGUCUCUACAAGCCUAGCCAGGAAUCAGUCCCUACAUCAGUUUGGGGGCUCGGUGAUGCUGUGACGAACCUAAGGUUAGGCUCCUGGAUAUUCAAGUUGAGAUGUGUUGGUGUGGAUGGGGCUUUGGGAUUGGUGCAAUGGCUAUAUAUUUUCGCAUUUUUGGUCUUUUCAUCAGUAGUGUAUGAUAUCAGACAGUUCAGUAGGGGACAGGAACAUCAGCAGAAAUGCAAAUGUCAGGCGCCAUCAGAAUCGGCGAAGACAUCGCAUUAUAAUACAUUGCUAAGCCACUGUCACAAUUGUGGUAACCCAGGCCAAUCCAAUACUUUUCCCAAGAAGCCUGGGCCUGCUGGGCCAAUGGGGUGUCAGGGGUGA